ACUCGGGACCAGAUCUAAGAACCUGACACGGCCAGCAACAGAGGAUCUGUUCCAUGGCUUUUCUCUUCUCCUUUUUUUCCAGCCAGAGGUUUCAACAGUCGGACCCUAUCUCUGGCUCUGUCAACAUUGGACUCUUUCUUGCUUAACUCGGCAACGCAACAUCAUCUUCAUGCCAUGACAUCUCUGUCAAUCCGCGGUCGUGAUGCUGCCUCGAGCAACGGCAGCACACUCCUGUGGGAUGUCAUGAAGAAUCUGUGGCAUCCCGACGACAACCCUUCGGGAUUUGUGAGCCUCGCAAUGGCCGAGAAUUGUUUGAUGCAUUCCCGUCUGCUGGCUCGCCUCCUCAGCGGCUUUGAGGCCACGUCUCACAUGUUAACGUACGGCGACGGCACCACCGGAUCCAAUAGACUCAAAUCCGUCAUGUCCGUGUUUCUUACGAGGCGGCUUCAACCGGUCCUCGCCAUUGAAGCGGGCCAUAUCACCAUUACAAAUGGCUGUUGUUCUGCCGUUGAGCAGCUCGCUUGGACUAUCGCAGAUCCUGGCGAGGCAUUCCUUCUGGGCAAGCCUUAUUUCCGGGCCUUCUUCACGACUCUUGGUGGUAGAAUGCUUGUCAACACCGCAGCAGUGUCAUUUGGAGACGUUGACCCAUUCGGACCGGAGGCGGUGGGAAAGUAUGAGGAAGCUCUGCUCAGGGCGCGGGACAAGGGCCAAAAAGUCAAGGGCCUCAUCCUCUGCAAUCCACACAACCCCCUUGGCCGGUGUUAUCCCCGAGAUACCAUCGUGAGGCUGAUGAAACUCUGUCAGAAGUACCAAAUCCACCUCGUCAGCGAUGAGAUUUACGCUCUUUCCGUCUGGGGUCAAGGGGAGCGUUUCUACUCUUGUCUGUCCAUCAACACCACGGAUAUCAUCGACCCUUCGCUUGUACAUGUUGUUUGGGGAACGUCUAAGGACUUCGGGGCCAAUGGACUCCGUGUUGGAGCCGUAAUAUCUCAGCACAACCGAGAUCUUCAUGAGGCCAUCGCCUUCUCCUCGAUUCACAGUUCGGCGGCGUCCCUCGCCGAAGCAACCGUUGCCAACUUCCUCGAGGAUACCGCCUGGGUCGACGCAUAUAUAAGGGACAAUCAUCUGAGGCUGGCCGAGCACUUCGCUUUGGUAUUUGGAUGGGCGAAAGCCCAUCAGGCCCCUAUAGCACCCGGAAGCAGUGCUGCCUUUUUCGUCUGGGUCGAUCUGGGAACGGCAUACAGGGCGCUCCACCCUAAAAAGACUGCGGAGGACGCUUUCGCAGUGUUGGCGAAGGCGCUUUUGAAUCAGAAGGUUCUUCUUGCCGCGGGUGAACAAUUUGGAGCCGAGAAACCAGGUUGGUUCCGGCUGGUCUACUCCCUCGCUCGGCGAGACCUGGACGAGGGACUACGUAGAAUCUCCUCGGCCUUGAAAAUUGUGAUUGGUUGAUGAUCCGGCUGAACACACUUCACUACGGGGAGAUUUUUGUAUUAAAAGUGUCGGGUGAGACUUAAGAAUUGCUCGAAACCAUUAUUUUUA